UUGGCUACCUCUUCCUGAAACUCAAUGUCACGGAUCUCCUUCGGCCAUUGCCGGUGAAUGGACACAGUACAGCAAUUCCGCUUUGGACAUGUUCGACAUGACAAAGUACAAUGCGGAAGUACCCAUUGCAUUUGAAGCAGGGUUGCCCAGCUUUAGUGGUCCAUCUCCCAUGGAGUGCGAUGUCAUUCACCAGCCCCAUCCAAACACCGCUCUUGAUCCAGACAACGGAAUAGAUACAUCUUAUCUUAGCGGGCCUGGGCAUUUGGAAUCCUCACUCGAGUUUUUCAAUAACUUCCCUCCGGAGCUCUCCAUGACUUGUUCCAUGGAUGACGCUUCAUCCCAGACAUGGAGCCCUUGUGCUCUCCCGCAGUCACCUGAUGCAUCAUCUUCCGACGAGAGUUCAUCUUGCUAUUAUCCACGCCAGUGGAACGAGCCCACCUACGGUUAUCAUGUCGAGCCAUCAUUCAACGAUAUACAACCUCACACGCAGAACUCCGACAAUGUUUAUCUGCCUAGUUUUGGUAGCGGAGCUGAUCUUCAUUCGCCCACACCGUCGUGGCAGGAGGAGAGAAAGAGUGACUGUACAUUAUUGAAGGACGAUAUGAAUGACACUUCAGUCGUAUGCCUCUGGGAUGGUGGGGCCUGCUUCUUACCUCUGACUGUCGACAAGUCCGAAGUGGCGAAACACCUCCAAGUACACCACGGUGUGAAACCUGGCGGCGACAAAGGUAAAACUUCAUGCCGAUGGGAGGGCUGUGGGAAGGAAAUGAAGAAGGAGAGCAUAUCGCGGCACAUCGUUGCGGUUCAUUUGGACAACAAAACGGAAUGCGGUAGUUGUGGAAAGAAAUUUGCUCGGUUAGAUUCUAAACUGCGCCACCUAAAGAAUGCAAACCGAGAGGAGUGCAGAGACUCCGAAUCCUAUGAUGCUCGUACCAAACGCUGUCGUCGGUCGUGGCCAUGAUUUUUCUGUCAUACAUUCUUGCAGCUUAUUAUGCGCAAUACCAAGGACUUCAGUAUCGUCAUGUGUGUAUAAUCGUUUUUUGUCACUUGAGUCGAAUGGUGAUCCGUGGAUGUAUGUACUGCCAAACCUAUGCUUAUAUCAACUUCUAUCCCUCCAA